GUGACGUGGCUGGCAGCUGCUGGUAACCAUGCCUGCAAUCUUCAAUUUUCAGAGUCUACUCACAGUAAUCUUGCUCCUUGUAUGUACCUGUGCAUACAUAAGAUCCUUGGCUCCCAAAUUACUGGAUAACAAUCAAACUGGAUUACUGGGUAUAUUCUGGAAGUGUGCCAGGAUUGGUGAAUGGAAGAGCCCUUAUGUUGCUGUGUGCUGUAUAGCAAUGGCCUUCAGUAUUCUGUUUAUACAGUAACAGUUGUGGAAAAAAAAAUCUGGAAAAUGUCUGCAGUAAAACUACAACGGAAUAAAAGACCCUGGGAAACCGAAAAAGUAUUCUACACCUUAAUUACCCACUGGACAAUACAAAAUUAUGACAAGUUCCAUAUUUUCUGUUAUAGAAGAGAGGUGCAUUAAUUUGUAAUAUUUCAUUUAUUAACAGUCAUGUUUGUAGAUUUUCCAUAUUCUUUCAUGUGGAUUGUAUUA